CCACAAAUUCCUAGACUAGACAAACCACAACACAAACAUCUCUGUACCCUGUUCUACAGUGUCUCCCACACGAACCCACACAGAAAGUCUCAGUCAUCUCACAUACCAUGUCUGACGUCGCUAAGCCCGACCCCGCCGUUGAGGUGGCCAACCCCGGCGCAACUCUUGUCAAGGACGAGACCGCGAAGGUCACCACCGACAAGGCUGCCGACAAGGAGGAGAAGCCUGCGACUACCAGCGACGACAAGCCCGUCACUGAGAAGGCGACAGAAGCUGCUACCUCGGCCGCAGCCGCAGUGAAGGACAACGUCUUCUCCAUGUUCGGCGGCGGCCCUAAGAAGGAGAAGAAGGAGGAGACCGACGAUGUCAACGACCGCUCCGGCUCGUCCAAGGCACAGGGCGCCACUGAGGAGGACCCCGAGGCGCAGGAGCCCGACGUCGAGUUUGCCCCCGUUGUCCACCUCACCGAGAAGGUCGACACCAAGACGAACGAGGAGCUCGAGGAGCAGGUUUUCAAGAUGCGCGCCAAGCUGUUCAAGUUCGACCGCGAGUCGCGAGAGUGGAAGGAGAGGGGUACCGGCGACGUCAGGUUACUGAAGCACAAGGAGAACGGCAAGACCCGCCUGGUGAUGCGACGAGACAAGACGCUCAAGGUCUGUGCCAACCACUACGUUGUACCCGACAUGAAGCUGUCGCCCAACGUCGGCAGCGACCGCAGCUGGGUGUGGAACGCCGCCGCUGAUGUCAGUGAGGGCGAGCCCGAGGCGCAGACGCUGGCCAUCCGCUUUGGCAACAGCGAGAACGCCAACCUGUUCAAGGAGGCCUUCAUCAAGGCCCAGCAGGAGAACGAGGCCCUGUUCGGCAAGUCAUCAGAGUAAGGCAAGGCGUGAGUGGGUGGAGGGAGGAAUGAGGAUCAUGCACGAAGCGAUGACAUUUUGGGACGGUAUCAUAACCACAACGGCGAUAGAAGCUCUCACACUUGCACAUACUAGAUAGUACUAAAUUGGCCCGACUCCAAGUCCACGGCAUUCCCCAAA